CAUUUAAUCAGAAGGCGGUAAAUAUAAACACAAACUCUAAAGAUGACAGCAGAAAUUUUGAUGAAGAAUAUUUACACAUUUGCCAACAUUUUGAGCCAAGCAGGAAGUGAUAUUGUAGCAAAAUGGAACCACACAUCUUUGAAUAAUGCAUUUAAUUGGGCUGAUUACUGUAUUAAGGUGUUUCAACAAAUUGAAAAUAAACCAUACAGAGGAGAGAUAGAGAAACAUAUGGCUUCUAUGACACUUCAUCUUCACCCUCCUUCCUGCCUAAAGCUUAGAGUGGAAGAUCUUGGAAAAGCUAGAGUGAUCUUAGAAAGGACUUUGCUACAAAAUCCCUUCCUACCUGAGAAAUUAUCUAGAACUUUGAUAGAGCAAAAACAGAAAACCAAAGGAAAUAACCUGGAACCAGCGGAAUGUCAGGAAAUAGUCACAGAGGUUACACGUGUUUCAAUGCUUAUGAAGACCUUACAAACUGAAGAAGACUUGUACAGACAAACACAAUUAAUAUCUGAAGCCACAGCAUUGCUGUCUACUGUAUUAAGUCUGUCAUUGUGUUCUUCUAAAUCACAGAGGUUUGAAUGCUAUGUCUAUAAUUUGUUGUCAAGGUUAGCAAAGAAAGUGGGCAAACUGGAUAUAAUUCUGAAGAUGCUGUGUGUACUUCCAUCUGAUACAACCUAUACAGAUGGCCAGCUACAAGUUCUACACAACAUCAUAGUCAGGUGGCUCUCAGAACCACAAAAUAGUAGAUUCCUGGUCACUUCCAGCAAAGUUCUUAUCCAGGAAGCUUGUAGAUAUCACACUGACCUCUGCCAGUCAUAUUUGGACCACAUUGUUAGCUGGGCUGAAAGGUUGGAGCCAAGUUACAACGAAGAUGAUACAAAUUUUUAUUCAUGGAGGUACAGAUGUACCGAGUCUUCUGAGAAGGGAAACGAUCACAGAACUUUCGAAAAACUUUGUGAACACUUGGAAAACUUGCUGAAUGUGAACAAACAGUGUCAGUUAACUGUGAAACACACUCUCCAGUCUUUGAAGGAAAAAUCUUACUUCAAUGUGUACAGUGAUAUCCUUAAAAGAUUAAAUCAAAUUGCUGAAUACUGAAUAUUAAAAUCUAAUUAAAAAAAUUCAAACUUA